AUGUCGCACAACGGUACUUCACACCAAACCACAUCAUCAGACACAGAGUAUCAUUCUGAUUCCGAGCACCGUUCUAACUCGUCUAUCUCUUCACCUGAAUAUCGAGAACUUAAUGAAACAUAUUCAGGAGACGAGAACAACCAAAACCAAAAAACAUCAUCAUCAAGUGUUUCGGCUCUCUUACAGUUUCCUAUUGUGGUCGAUUCAUUAAAUUAUGUCAAAGAUUCGAAAUAUGGAGGAAUGGCGGUUAAUUACGCUGGAGUUCCUAUUAUUAAUACGGUUUCAAGAAUAACCUCUCCCUUCCAAUCACAAAUUAAUCAAAUCGAUGACAUAGCCGCUAAUUCUAUUAAAAGUAUUGGUGAGAAAGUUCCAGUUAUCAUGAAGCCGACAAGUGAGGUCAUUGAAACAGUGAAAACUCCCGCAAUUCAAACCAUCGACACUGGUAAACAAUACAUCUCAAAUGUUACAACCCCGGUCUACACAAUCGCAUCAAAUGUCGGCGAGGAAAUUGAUCAACGUCUCGCUAAACCAGCGAAAAAUCUGGCUCAAUCUAUGCAAGCACAGAUCACGCCAAUCGCCAAAAACGUUGAUAAUAAGUUUGAACCUUUGGUCACAAAAUAUGCCAGGAUCGUUGAUGCAUAUUUACCAGAAGAUGAAUCAAGCGACAAAGAGGAAGAAUCGGAAGAUUCCUUUCAAUUGCACCAGGCUGUUCGCGCUUUCAAUACCACGGCAAAAGCCCACCGUCGUGUUUCAAGAAGCUUAAAACGUACUCUCACUAAAUCUCAAAUUUACACCUCCGAACAACUUCAUCAAUACACUAUCUUCGUUAAAGCCACCGAAACUAUUAAUCAACUGCAAGCUAAAUUACAUGAAGUCUUUCUAUUGACCAGAGAGACCGUUCAAAGUCCAGAUUUCGCAGUUAAAAUCAAUGCUCGUCUACAUGAGAUUGUUGGAUGGUUCGUAGGAGAAUUGGAUAAAGAGAAAGAUCUCCCAAGAGCGUUAAAAGAUCGUGCAAAUGAUUUUUCUAACACUCUAAUCACCACGAGAGAUUCGAUCGCUCUAUACAUAAAAGAAAAUGCAACUCAUGUGCCAGAAGAGAUACAAAAACGUUUGAAGCCAUUGUUCGAACAUGUUUCUGAACAUGUCUCUGAACAUUUUAAUUUUGUUGCUGAACAUGUUUCUGAACAUUUUAAUCAUGUUUCUGAACAUGUUAAUCAGAACUAUCCGGGAAUUGCUGAAAAAGUAAAGAAUCUCGCUGAACCCGUAAAAGCCAGA